GUUCAAUAAUAUUUCAAAUUCGAUUGCCUGAAUGCGUGGGUGUUUUCACAGAACUCUACGGCAAGGGUGCCAGACGUAAUGACCGGUGGUCAGUUUUACCGACCCGGUCGUUACAAACAGUAGUAAAAUGGGUUGUGCAAGUAGCAGUCCACUUGUGGAAAGUGGAAAGAACUUUGUGGAAACUGCCAAAAAUCAAGCCGGUGAAGUUGUGAACAAAGGAGAAAAGACAUUGCAAGAUGUUGGAGACACGGUAAAAGAGAAAAUAAGCACCGAAAUGGAGCACGUGAAAGAAGCAAUGCAGUCUGCGAUGAAUACUGCUGAAAACAGCCUGGGCUCAGUAAUGGGAAAAGCGAGCAACAACAUAAAUUCGGCAACUGAAGAAGUAAAGGACGUUGUGAAUAACAUGGAAGACGACGCUGAAGAAGCACUACAUGUAGCAUCAGAUUCAGCUGCGGAAGCGGUUUCUGAAGCUGAAACCGUUCUAGCGUCAGAAGCUGAAAACGCGAAAGAGAUGUUAUCGUCGACAGCAAGAGAUGCGUUUGACAAAUUUGAUUCCAGUGAGAAAACAAUAGAAAAAAAGUUGGAUGAAAUGCAAGAGAAAGUCGAAGAUGGAUUAGAGAUAGAAGACAUGGAGCACCAUUUUGAUAUGUUAGGAGAAGGUGUAAAAAAUGUAGAAAAAAAAGUUGAAGAAAUUGUAGCAAAGUUGCCCACUCCUGCAACAUCGCCAGUCAAGGAACCACAGAAGGAGGAACCUUCGCCAACCUGUUGGGAAGCAGCAGCUGAUGCUAUAUUACAACAAAAAUCGUUUAGCUCAUCUAUGGAAAUUUAUCAUAUUGAAGAUGACAAAGAAAACGUUUCAUCGGAAACACUACUAGAAUCUAAAGGAGAAGAUACAGCAGCCUUAAAUGAAGAGAACAAAGAGAAUUUAAAUAUUAAUUAAAAUGUUAUAUUUACUAAAAAUUAAUAAUUGCAAUUUGCUAACGUUUUUAACUUCGGUAAUAAAAAACUGAUUGUCUAUUGAAAAAUUCAAAAGAUAUUCUGUGAUUUUUGUGAUUAACUAAUUGUGAUUACGGACUACUCCUACAAGCUUGCAAAUUUUAAUUGUUUACCUAAAUACAAUGUGACAAAUAUGUAUAGAAAAUACACAUAGGUAUAUUUUUAAAAAUCCAACUAACUGUACUUCCAAAAAAUUGUCGCCUAUUUAUUUUUAUUGCAUGUUCUCUUUAAUUGUAAGAAUUUAAGUAGAAAUUUAAAGAUAUUAUUAUGUGCAUGACAAAUAAUAAUAAAGUCUUCUGCACAAAAACUGUCUAAUUUAGGAUGAGUAUAAUUUACACACAAUGAUUCUCCGCACAUAUUUUUGUGAUCAAAUGUAAUUUUAAAUGUAAAAGAGGAUACACUUACAUUAAACCAAUUUAUACAUUGGCUUAAUGUAAAUCCCAAUCCAAUAUCGAAAAUAAUAACAUACAAAAUAAACGUUUUUUGUAAAUGUAUAAAGUGUGUAUUUCGAAAAUGUAAUUUACAUAAAAUUUCGAUUUCAAUUUGGAAUAACGACGUAAUAAUGAAAAAUAAUAUUAUUCAUACACUGGGUAUUUUUGUGUACACAAUCACAUAUUAAUAGAAUAAAUGUUAUUUUAAUUUUAUAUUUGUAGAUUUUAGUUUAUGUAGUUUCUCGUCG